GUUGACGUCAUCCGCCCUUGCACGGGCAGCGCCUUUAACCAUUAGAAUUGCAAGGAAACCCCGUCGACUCUUCACGCUGACAACGCUGAGAGAAUCAGCUGGAAGUUGAAAGCCCAAGCUUCUGCGAUCUACCAUUACACGGUAAGCCAUCAUGAGUGGGGAAUCCAAGGAGAACUUGAUCAGAAUGGCUAAACUGGCCGAGCAAGCGGAGCGCUAUGACGACAUGGCUGCAGCGAUGAAGUCUGCCACGGAGAAUAAUGACAGCGAACUGACCAAUGAGGAGCGCAAUCUGCUUUCUGUUGCCUACAAAAAUGUAGUUGGGGCCCGUCGUUCUUCUUGGCGGGUUUUGAGCAACAUUGCGUUGAAGGUCGAAGACGACAGAAAAAAGGAAUUGUCCAAAGAGUACCAGGAGAAAAUUGAGACAGAGCUCAAUAGAAUCUGUCAAGAUGUUCUGGAUCUCUUGAAUGUUCAUCUCAUUCCAAAAGCCACUUUGCCGGAGAGCAAAGUCUUCUAUUUGAAAAUGAAAGGCGACUACCAUCGCUACCAGGCCGAAGUGGCAACAGGAGAUGACAAGCAGAAAAUCAUCACAAACGCAGAACAAGCCUACCAGGAGGCUCUUAAAACCAGCUCAGAAGAGAUGCAGCCCACACACCCAAUCCGACUUGGUCUCGCGCUCAAUUUCUCUGUGUUUUACUACGAGAUCAUCAACUCACCUGAAAAGGCCUGCCAAUUGGCUAAAACAGCUUUUGAUGACGCCAUUGCAGAGCUGGAAACGGUGACGGAUGAUUCAUACAAAGACAGCACACUUAUCAUGCAGCUACUAAGAGACAACUUGACAUUGUGGAACGCUGACAACCAGGGCGAGGAUGUAUAGAAACCAAGACAUCAAGCAAAACCCCAUUUGUCCUUUCUGUCUACCUGCCAUCAUCUUGACUCUUCCUUCAUCAGGACCAUAACCACUGAGACCACCAUAACAUUAUUGUUGUCCUUUUUUUUUUUUAAUUCAGCAUGUUACAUGUUGUUUUCUUUUGUAGAAAUGAGGAUGAGAUAAUGGGGUACAGUUGAAAAUUAAAGGGUGCUUUUGUUAUUUGCUGCUAAUCUGACUACUUUUUGGCUGGGGGAUGUAGCUUUUAUACUAUUGUAGUUGUGGGUCGGAUAGCAUGUUUUCAACCCUUAAAAGUUAGGAAGCAGUUCUACUGUUUAUCUCAUUUCUUUGUAUGGUUUUGUGGUAAAGGUGAAUAUCACCAUUAUCUCCUCACAGGAGUUGUUGAAUCUACAACAGAAAUGAAAGGUUACAUUCCAUCAUUGUCAAAUGUUGGAAUUUGAGGUUUUCUUUGGGGGGGGGGGGGGUGAAAUGCCUGUUCACAAUGUACUGGUUACAAAGUUUAGACUCCACACGUCUUUAAUGGGUUUCUUUUUGUCACAGAAAAUAAUUCUUGUUACGUUUUUUGACUUUUUGUUUUAAUACUCUACCUUUUGUCAAUCGAAAGUGCAUCUAUUGGUAAGACAAUUGGUGGAGAUAUUUGUCAGGUUAGCUGGCUUUGUUAACUUAAUUUGGAAUCACUCAAAGCAAUCCCCACUUUAUUUGGAGGGGUGAUAGAUAUGUAAUAAAAUAAAGAAUAAAGAUAAUUUAAAUUUGUCAGGCUAA